AUGGGGAGAGUGGUGGUGGGAGUGGCGGUAGGGUUGGCAACGGUGGCUUGUGCGGUGGCGGCGGCGGUGGUUGGAGGAAGAAUAAGGAGUAGGAGGAAGUGGAAGAGAGUGGUGAGAGUGUUGAGGGAGGUUGAGGAAGGGUGUGAGAGUUCGGUUGAGAGGCUGAGGCAAGUGGUGGAUGCUAUGGCUGUUGAGAUGCACGCUGGGUUGGCUUCAGAAGGUGGUUCGAAGCUGAAAAUGCUUCUCACCUAUGUUCAUAAUCUCCCCGAUGGGACCGAUAAAGGAACAUAUUAUGCACUAGAUCUUGGAGGUACAAAUUUUAGGGUUUUGCGGGUUCAUUUACACGAUCAACAACCUUCUGUUUUGGAGCAUGAAGUACAGCAACAACCCAUUCCUCAACAUCUAAUGACAAGCACAAGCAAGGAUCUCUUUGAUUUCAUUGCUUCUUCCUUAAAGGAAUUCAUUGAGAAAGAAGAAGACGGUCCUGAACUUGCACUGGAUAGAAGAAGGGAACUUGGAUUCACAUUUUCUUUCCCUGUGAAACAAAUGUCUGUUUCCUCAGGCAUUUUAAUGAAAUGGACAAAAGGGUUUUCCAUUGUAGAUAUGGUAGGGGUAGAUGUUCCUGCAUGUUUGCAGGAAGCAUUGAUACGAAAAGGACUAGACAUGCGGAUUGCUGCCUUGGUCAAUGAUACUGUUGGAACACUAGCUCUUGGACAUUAUCAUGACUCAGAUACUGUUGCUUCCAUAAUAAUUGGCACCGGUACCAAUGCUUGCUAUUUGGAACGGGUUGAUGCUAUUAUCAAGUGUCAGGGUCUUCUUACAACAUCAGGAUACAUGGUUGUAAAUAUGGAAUGGGGAAACUUUUGGUCAUCUCAUUUACCAAGAACAUCUUAUGAUAUUGAUUUAGACUCCGAAAGCCCUAAUCCAAAUGAUCAGGGUUUUGAGAAAAUGAUAUCAGGGAUGUAUCUUGGUGACAUUGUCAGGAGAGUCAUUUUAAGGAUGUGGCUUGAAUCAGAUAUGUUUGGACCUAUUUCUUCCAAGCUUUCAAUGCCCUUUACGCUGAGGACUCCUAUGAUGGCUGCCAUGCACGAGGAUGAUUCUCCUGAUUUGAGAGAAGUAGCAAGAAUCCUGAAAGACAUCCUUGAGAUUCCUGAUGUUCCUUUGAAGUUAAGAAAAGUUGUGGUGAAGGUUUGUGAUGUGGUGACUCGCAGAGCUGCACGAUUGGCAGCUGCUGGUAUUGUUGGUAUCUUGAAGAAGAUUGGUAGGGAUGGAAGUGGUGGCAUCACAGGUGCACGUAGAAGUGAUGUGAAAAUGAAAAGAACAGUUGUUGCAAUUGAAGGAGGUUUAUAUUCUAGCUAUACAUUAUUUAGGGAGUACUUGCAUGAAGCUUUGAACGAAAUAUUGGGGGAAGAUAUUGCCAAGCAUGUAAUUCUUAAGGUCACUGAAGAUGGAUCAGGCGUUGGAGCAGCACUGCUUGCUGCCUCGCAUUCAUCCUCUGAUGUGGAUACAGUACAGUUGUUAUAA